AUGGCAUAUGGCAACAACACAAGGAUCACAGAGUUCAUUUUCAUUGGCUUGAGAUACCACCCUAAGCUUCAGGUCUUCCUCUUCUUGCUCUUUCUACUGUUUUACCUGGUUACUAUGACAGGAAACUUGGGUAUGAUCAUUCUCAUUCGUGUAGAUUCUCGUCUUCACACCCCCAUGUACUUUUUUCUCAGCCACCUGUCAUUUGUGGACAUCUGCUUCUCAUCAGUUGUGGGCCCCAAGAUGCUCACAGAUUUCUUUGCAGAACGGAAAGUCAUCUCUUUCAUGGGCUGUGCCUUGCAGCAAUGGUUCUUUGGGUUCUUUGUGGCCAUCGAGUGCCUUCUCUUGGCAUCCAUGGCCUACGACCGCUAUGUGGCCAUCUGUAACCCACUGCUGUACUCAGUGGCCAUGUCCCAGAGACUCUGCAUACAGCUGGUGAUGGGACCGUAUGCUGUUGGUUUCUUCAACACCAUGACUCACACUACAGCUGCUUUCCGACUUCCCUUUUGCGGCUCCAACAUCAUCAAUCAUUUCUUCUGUGACAUGUCUCCUAUCCUCUCCCUCAUAUGUGCGGACAUACGAAUCAAUAAACUGCUGGUGUUCAUUGUGGCAGGAGCUGUGUUGGUUGUCAGCAGCACCACCAUCGUAAUCUCCUACUUCCACAUCCUCAUGGCCAUCCUGAGGAUCCGCUCUGCUGAAGGGCGGAGGAAAGCCUUCUCCACCUGCUCAUCCCAUGUCACAGCGGUUUCCAUUCUGUAUGGGACUCUCUUUUUUAUCUAUGUGCGGCCAAGCGCCAUCUCUUCGCUGGACCUUAAUAAGGUGGUGUCUGUGUUCUACACAGCGGUGAUUCCAAUGCUCAACCCACUCAUCUACAGCCUGAGGAAUAAGGAGGUGAAAGCGGCCAUGGGCAGGACAGUCACCAAGGCCAAAGUUUUCCUUAAAAACUAAA